GGAAGGACCGUGGAAGUUGUUUUUCUCUCGCACGGGCCGGGCUGUCUGGGCGGUCGGUGGUGUGAGCACGUGAAGAACCGUCUGCCCAGCCGCUGCGGGUCACGCUCCGCCAGUGCAUACAAGGGAACCGAGUCCCGGGGCUGUCGAGUGUGACCCCCAGGCAGCUGACCAGCCCCAGGACAUCCGCGCGCCCCUCGCUCGGGAGGCUCCACGCUGUCCUGUGCAUGCUAAGUGCAGUUUGUACUAAGUCCCGCAAUGACCUUUCCAGGGGCAAAAUAGUAUCCCAUAGGGUGCAGGUGGUUACGGGCAAACGUGCCAGCAGCCGCGGUCCUCACGGGCACCCCGAGCUGACCUUGCCACCCAGGUGGCCUGGCGCCUUCGCAGCACAGGAACCCGAGGCGGCCGGGGAGGGGAGGAGCUGGUGGCUCGGGGCGCUGCGGGGGCAGGAAGAGCUCGGAGAGGAAGGGGUGACCCCCCCACUUGGGAGGGGCCCCCAGCGGGUUGCUGAGGCUGUGAGGAGGAAGUGGGAGGAGGAGCUCGAAGCCCGUGGCCUGGAGGGUCUCGGCACCAUGGCCCGGGCCCUGGGGGAGGAGCUGCUGCAGGCUUCCGAGCUGCAGGAGGACUCCAGCUCCCUGGGGUCCGACUCCGAGCUGAGUGGGCCCGGCCCAUAUCGCCAGGCUGACCGCUAUGGCUUCAUUGGGGGCAGCUCGGCAGAGGAACCCGGGAUGGGCCAGCCCCCCGCAGGCCUGAUCCGGCAGCGGGAGAUGCAGUGGGUGGAGCUGACGCAGCACUGGGAGAAGACCAUGUCCCGGCGGUACAAGAAGGUGAAGCUACAGUGUCGCAAGGGCAUCCCCUCGGCCCUGCGGGCGCGCUGCUGGCCCCUGCUGUGCGGGGCCCACGCGUGUCAGAACAGCAACCCCGGCACCUACCAGGAGCUGGCAGAGGCCCCCGGAGACCCGCAGUGGCUGGAGACCAUUGGCAGGGACCUGCACCGCCAGUUCCCCCUGCACGAGAUGUUUGUGUCCCCCCAGGGUCAUGGGCAGCAGGGGCUCCUGCAGGUGCUCAAGGCCUACACCCUGUACCGGCCCGACCAGGGCUACUGCCAAGCCCAGGGCCCCGUGGCCGCCGUGCUGCUCAUGCACCUGCCCCCGGAGGAGGCCUUCUGGUGCCUGGUGCAGAUCUGUGAGGUCUACCUCCCCGGCUACUACGGGCCCCACAUGGAGGCCGUGCGGCUGGACGCCGAGGUGUUCGCAUCCCUGCUGCGGCGGCUGCUCCCGCGCGUGCACAAGCACCUGCAGCAGGUGGGCGUGGGGCCCCUGCUGUACCUGCCCGAGUGGUUCCUGUGCCUCUUCGCUCGCUCGCUGCCCUUCCCCACGGUGCUGCGCGUCUGGGACACCUUCCUCAGCGAGGGAGUCAAGGUGCUGUUCCGCGUGGGGCUGACGCUGGUGCGCCUGGCCCUGGGCACCGCAGAGCAGCGCGCCGCCUGUCCUGGGCUCCUGGAGACCCUGGGCGCCCUGAGGGCCAUCCCUGCUUCGCAGCUGCAGGAGGAGGGCUUCAUGUCGCAGGUGCACAGCGUGGCCCUGUCCGAGAGGGCCCUGCAGCGGGAGAUCCGGGUCCAGCUGGCCCAGCUGUCAGACGCAGCACCAGGGCCAUCGCCACAGCCACAGGCCCGUCUUCCAGGAGCCCAGGCCAUCUUUGAGGCCCAGCAGCUGGCCGGGGCGCAAGGAGGCAGCAAGCCGGAGGUGCCCCAAAUCGUGGUGCAGCCCCCAGAGGAGUCCCUGCCCCCACGGCGCAAACCUCAGACCCGCGGCAAGACCUUCCAUGGGCUCCUGACUCGGGCCCGGGGCCCACCCCUCGAGGGUCCCCCCAGGCCCCACCGAGGCUCUGCCUCCUUCCUGGACACCCGCUUCUGAAGAUGCCGCCCACCAGCGCCAGCGCCAAGCUCCUGAACAGCCGAUGCCGGCCCCACAGACAGGCGCCACACUUGGCCUCUGGUGACUCAGUUUCCUUCCCGGCAAGGGUCCGGCGGUGGAGGAGGGGCCGUCACACACAGGAAGAGAGCUGGCCCCAAUGGGAGCCCAGGCUGGCUCCCCACCGCCGGAGCUGUCCUGGUGCCCAGGCCUUUGCCAGGAUCGAAGCCAGCGCCGAGGGAGUUGGGGUGAGCGGCUGGCUGGG